AGGCGGGGAUACUAGUUGUCAGAAAUGACUGUUAUUUGCCAACAGUGAUGGACAGGAGAGAGGCACACUCUGAAACAGUGGGGCGGAACUCUUCUAGAUUUUUAUGCAAGGGAAUUUCCGGGGAGCCCUGCAAGUACAGUAAAUACUUUUUGCCUUCGUCUCUGGGCUUUAUCCUUAAGCAUUCGUUAAACUGACAGCGUUAUGCUGUGGGUGCUUCCCUCUCCGGAACUGUGGGUUGUUAAUUUUCGGAGGUAGGGGGUAGUGAAACAUUAGAAACUUGGCGGCUUUACACGAAAAGUUAGGGGCGUACUUGCGCUGCUGAGUCUUGGAGCCUCAAAGAACGACGUGAGAGUCAGGACAGGUAGAUCUACACCUAGAGAGGUUUUUUCAGUCUGAAUGCUGCUACCAUCUGCACCAUCAUAUCCUGAGGACUUUGGGCUUUAUGGAAAGGAUUAAAAAGUGAGCAGUGUCUGAUAUUUUUUUUACUGUGAUUUUUAUAGUACAGUACCACAGACCCAGAGUGUGACCAAAUUUCUGCAGUUUUAAUAAGGACUGAAGUUCUGAGGUUUUCUUGGAAUUCACCCGUCUUCAAAGAUCACUUCUGGUGUGUAGUCAUCACUUGUAGAUCCUUCAUUUUGGACUCUGCGUGGGAGUACUUUGAGCUACCAGCCACAAAGGAAAAUGAGUCGAUUGCAAAUGGGGAAGAGAUAAUUGGAAACAUUUUUUCUUGGAGUGUAAUGAGUUGGCAGACUCUCAAGAUUUCCUGCAGAUGACUCUCUCGAGAUACUGGUUCACUUGUUAAGGAUGACACCAUUCCAGACUACUGCAGCUGAAACUUUCUUUGUUUUCCAGUUAAAUAGCUACUACUCUCUUUAGCUUCCGCAAUAUCUGGAGAUUCCAGCACAUUCCUCACUAUGCAGGUUUCUGUAGGAGGAACCCACUAAAAUGGAAAAGGGAUUAAACUCCUUUCCCCGUUUUGAAAAUAUUUUUACCAUUUUGUCCUCUCUAACUCAAGAAAGAUUACAGAGCCUUCAACAUAAGCUGGAAAACAGCUGCACUCCAUCCAGCCAACAACUUCAUGCCAUAAUAUUGUUGAUUUUAAGAGAACCAGGAUAUUCCCAUAAGAUUACAAAGUGCCAGAACAAUGACCAUACAGAUCUGUACAACCCUGAGCAAACAUCUCAGGUAGCAUUUCUGGAAGAUGUACUACCACAGCUAAGCACAUUAGAUGAUUUUGUGGUUCUUGCUCAAAUGUAUGCACUUUUGGUUGAUGAGAGGCUGUGUGAGACAGAGCUCAGAGAUCGUGCCUACAUGGCAGCAUUACAGGCUUGUAGAGCAAGUGGUGAGGAAGGUGUGGCCAAACUUCAGGACCUGAAAUCAGAGUGCAUGGAAAAAUGUGGUCAACAUUUGUUUAUAGAUGAACUUUGUGAUGAAAUUGGAACUUUGCAGUCAUCUGACUGCUUACCACCAAGUGGCAGCAGUCAUUCAAGAAGUGAGCCAAUACCAAUCAGAGGCUGCGCAAAAAAUUCUUUGUCUGCUGCACCUGGUUCUCUGCACAGUUUUUCACUGUCUGGAACAGAAAUGCUUUCGUCUAGCAAUCUUCAAAUCAGUCAAUCCCCAACAGUACAAUUCCUUUCAUCGAGAGGCAAGUCCGAUUCCAGUGUUUCUUGUGAACGUACUGCAUCUAGGCAGUGUGUCCCCAAACCAUUAGAACAGCAGCAAUCUGUAGUUCAACAAAAUGUAAAUACUGAAUAUUCUCUGUGCCUUCCUCCCGAAAUCCAGCAGAGCCAUAAUGGUAUGCAAAAGGACAACAAUGUAUGCAGUAUCUUCCAACCUGGAGAGACUGCUCCAAGCAAUGAAACUGGAAGCAGUCAAGAUGAUAUCCUCAAGGACAGUAAAUGCAGUAUUUCAGAACAGAUGCGUAAUGCUCCUGGGUUAUUUCCUGCCAAUCCUGUGAAGUGUAGUGAGCAAGCUGAGGAUAAUAAAACUGUAACUUCAGCCAUGAUUGGACAAGCAGAAGGUAUAUCAAAAGAUAACUCUUCAUCAGUAAGAGCUCCACCCUCUAGUUUGUUUGCACAACCAGUGAACAGUUGCUUUCCCACAGUCCCCAUUCAAGAUACAUGCCCUCCCUCAUUAAUAUCACACAGUGCUUCAUCAGUAAAUUGUAUAAAUACGUUUUUUAGUUUUGUUAUUCUGCAUCACCCUGAAGAUGAAGAAACAGCAGUAAGAGUGUGCAGAACUUUGGAAGAGCUUGGCAUUAAAGGUGGGACUACCUUUUGUGAAGAGUUCUCUGUUCCUGGGCAUAGCCCUUUAACAUGCAUUCAGGAUGCUGUGGACAACUCUGCCUUUACUGUUUUGCUGCUAACAAGGUUAUUUGCAUCAAGGUGGGAAGAAUACCAAACUAAUAUUGUUCUGCUGAACUCCAUAGAAAAACAACACAGAUAUAACACUGUCAUUCCUUUUUUGCCAAAGGACAACCCAUUGCCCAGGAGAGAAAUGCCUCUUCAUCUGAAGUCGCUCGUGCCACUGGAUGAAAGUUCAACUCUUUUCUCAAAAAAAGCAUGCAAUACUUUUUCACAUCAGAAAAUUGCAAUAAACAGAGAAGUCUGGAUCAAAGAACAGCACAGCAAAAGUCUGAAUAAUGAAUACCUACAAAGUGAACAGAAUAAAGAUUUUGUAAAACAACUGUAUGAUCAAAGUCAACAAAUUGUUGAGAAUUAUAAACAGCUUUGUCAUAUGCAGAAUCAGAUGCGGUUUGGUUUGCAUUCUGGGUAUGCUUUGUCCAACCCCCCAAACACAGUGCCUUCACAGGUGCCAAGACAAACAGUAAACCAGCCAUGUCCUCCAAUGACAUUGCCAGCUCAGCAGCAAUUCUUGACACCUUUUCCUCCUUACUUUGGCUUUCCUCAGUCAUAUCCCUGUGUGCCUUUGAACUUUCCUUGGUUGAAUCCUGCAUUAGGUACUGCCACAACUAAUCCAAGUGCCCAGCAUCUACUUAAUCAUGUGUAUCCACAGAAUUUUUUGCAGUUGCAGGGGAAUCCAAGUCUGACUUCAGCAAAUCCAAAUCUACAAUCCUCUAGUACUCCUGUAAUCCAGAUUCAGAAUGCUACAAAUGUUCAGAUUGGGGAUGGGAAUCAGAUGAGAAUUGCAGAGAACUCUGAGGAGGAAGAGGAGGAUGAAGCAGAAAGUAAAAACGGAAAUAGCUGAUGUGGAUGGACGUUGCAUAUGAGAGAGAACAAUUUUAAUAAAUGACCAAGAGGGAUGUUUGACUGAAUUUGCAAUCACUUGUUUUGCUGUAGGUCUGUAGUGGGUCAGUUAAGAAGCACCAUUGCUCCCAGCUGCAGUAUGGUACAAAAGGACAACACCUGACUGCUCAGUUGUACUGACUGUUAGUUGUUAACUGCUGCAGUUUUUUUUCAGAAAAUACUAAUGCCCAUCAUGUAUGUCACUUUUGCAGCCAUCAGCAGUGGGAACACUGCCGUAGGCAGAGUCUGAUGUCUGGCCUGAGUUCUCUGUGUUGAACUUCCUUACCCAUUGAUGCCAGGCAGACAACACCUUCCCUGUGAUUUCUGCACAUCCUGAUAUAAAGAGGGUGAAUUCCAUGUCA